AUGGUGAAAGUAAACGGCAUAAAGAUGCACAUAGCAGAGAAAGGAGAAGGUCCAGUGGUUGUCUUCCUCCAUGGCUUCCCUGAGAUCUGGUACACAUGGCGCCACCAGAUCACCGCCUUGGCCGCCUUAGGCUACCACGCAGUAGCCCCUGACCUCCGAGGCUACGGUCAAACUGAUGCUCCCACUUCAAUUACCAGUUACACAUGUUUUCACGUCGUGGGAGACAUUGUUUCCCUCAUCAACUCGUUUGGAGAAGAUCAGGUGUACGUAGUCGGACAUGACUGGGGUGCUAUGUUGGCAUGGUACUUGUGCUUGUUCCGACCUGAGAAGGUGAAGGCAUUCGUGUGCCUCAGCGUGCCGUUCCGGCCAAGACAUCCGACUAUGAAGCCUGUUCCGGCCUUGCGAGCUUUCUUUGGGGACGACUACUAUAUGUGCAGAUUUCAGGAACCUGGAGAGAUUGAAGCUGAAAUUGCACACUAUGGUUCUGCACAAGUACUCAGGAAAAUUCUAACAGAUCGCAAACCAGGUCCACCGUGCCUGCCUAAAGAUAAUCCAUUCGGAAUCCGUCCCAAUUCUCCACCUCCGACGUUACCCUCUUGGUUUUCGGAAGACGACCUUAAAUAUUAUACCGAUAAAUAUGAGCUCAAGGGCUUUACUGGAGCAUUGAACUACUACCGAGCAUUGGAUUUGAAUUGGGAACUCACUGCCCCUUGGACUGGAGUACAGGUGAAAGUGCCUGUGAAAUUCAUUGUUGGGGAUCAAGACAUGAUGUAUACUACUGCAGGAGGGAAGGAAUAUGUACACAGUGGCACUUUCAAAAAAGAUGUGCCUAUGCUAGAGGAAAUUGUUGUGAUGGAAGAGGUUGGUCACUUUAUCAACCAAGAAAGAGCAGAGGAAAUUAACUUUCACAUUCAUGAUUUCAUCAAGAAGUUCUGA